UCAGUGAGAUAAAUAAUGUCUUUGUAUUAUAAUAAAUUUAAAUUUUUUAGAUGCUAUUUUAUUGAUAAUGAAAAUUUAGAAUAUUAGAUGUAAAUUUAAUAUUAUUCUUGACUGUUGUUUAAAUUAAAAAGAAUUAUCAAUUUAUGUAUUAUAUUACAUAUACUAACUAAUUUACUCUUAAUAAUUAGUUUUAAAUAGGUAAUUUAACAAUUCUUCAUCAAAAAUGAAAAAUAGACACAGAUUUUUGCACACCCCGUAUGCACGCCUGUUCGUAGGUAUAAUACUAUUAUAUUUUAUUAAAGUUAAUUAGUUACUACAAUUUUCAAUUCAGAGAUUCAGUGAUUCAAUUUUUACUAGGUACUAUUUUUAAUUUAAUUAUACAAAUGUAUUGUGUAGCUGAAACUACAAAAUGUUCAAAAUAAAAAAAAAAUUAAUACGAUAGUAUGUUUAAAUUUUAAAUUAAAUUUUUUUUUUUUUAGAAGAAGAAAAUUACUUUCUUUCCAAGUAUGGAUUGAAUAAUUUAUAAAUAUUUAAACAUUACCACCUUGUGAAAUAAAAUGUUUGAUUAUGCUAUUGAAGUUAAAUGAUUAAUAUGAAAAAUAUAUUAUUAUGAUGAUUAUUCAUAUUAUAUUUUAAAUUAAUACUUUACUAAAAUAAUAUACAAUUUACUAAAAAUCUAUUUUUCAUGUAUAUCAUGUAUUUUAAAUAAAUAAAUACUAAUUAACAGCAGAUCUAGAUGGAUAUACAUUCUGUAUUUUUGUACUUUUAAAGACUAAACUUAUUUGACUAUGUAAUAUUGUUCUAAUUUAUAUGACAUUUCUUAUUUUUUAAAGUUUGAAUCUUAACUUGACAUAUAUGAAUUGAGACAGAGUUGCAAGUUUCAAAUCUGUUGAGGCAUGAGUCAUGAGUAAAGAAAUUGAAGAUAACAACAGAUAAAAAUUUAAAACACUGAUAUUUAAUUACAAUUUUUAUUGUUGGGAAAAUUGAAUAAUGAAGCUUGUAAUAAUUAGGAUGCCUUGAUAAGUCGAGUAUCAUCAACAAACGGGGUAAUAAUAGUGGCUAUUCAUUUUUGUCUUAUAAUGUAAAUGAUUUUAAUAACAGUUAUUAUUAUAUCUAUUAUUAGCUGUUCUAUUUAUCGAAUAUUAGGUACUCCAUUCAAUAAAGCUAGAUGACUGCUAAAAGGGCAAUCGUAUUAUAUUUUGUAAAAUCUUAUGUGCUAUAUUUUGAGUGAAUUAUACAUUCAACAUUUUGACUGUUGUUACUCACUGUGUUCUAACACCCAUAUCACCCGCCCCCUUGAAUAUUUGAUGAAUAUCAUACGCAAAACUAAGACGAUUACACCUAAUUAUAAACCGAUUCAGUAAUACUGAAGUCAUAUUUUGUUGUUUAUUGACGUUAAACUAAACUUAGAAAAUGUGUACAAUGUUUUUAUAAAUACUUUAUACUUUUGUUCAACAAUUAUACAAGAUUUUCGUAAUAAAUGUCAAUUGGAAAUUACCUAUUAUUAAUAAAUAAAAUGUAGUAUUCUUUAUCUUUAUAUUAAUUAUAAUUUGAUUGCGGUCGUAAAGAAUCAUUUCAUGGGCCACGAGUUGUCGAUCUCUGUUUUUAAACUUAUUUCAUUAUUUUCAAGCUGUUAGAUUUAACUACCUACUAUUAUUUGUAUUGAUUUAACUAGAUAGCGACACAAGUAAUAUAAGAACUACCCUUAUGUUACAUACACUGUAUACAGUUUAUAAGAUAACAACUGAUAUGAGUGGCGUCAUUAUUUUUUCAUUUAAUUCAGUUUUAAUAUAAUAUUUUGGUGGAUUCUCAUUCUGAAUAUGUUACAUAUAUCUUCUAAAUUCAGUUAAUUUUUGGUUUAUAAUUUAUAACCGUUGUGUUAUUUACGUGAACAAUAUGCCCAGAGAAAAUUUGUCAAAUCACAAAAGGAGAAAUGACGAGCUUCUUAUCCCCGAAGAAUUAGUAAAACCGAGUGUGCACGAUGAAAAGGAUCAAAUUAGUAAUAAUUAUAAACAAACAGAUGAUGAGAAUCUCUUAUCUAAAGGGAACAAGAGGGAAAGCAAUGAAGACGAAUCCAAAGUAGUCCCUGAUAGCGAUGGCAUUCCUCGUCUGAUACAAAUUAAAAAUUCAGAUAGGAAAAAAUUAAAACUGGAAAGAUUGGCUUCGCUCAAUGCAUUUUUUGCAGAUACUUCUGAACCCGAUUUGUUAUAUAGAUUUGAAAAAGAAGAAAAAGAAAAAGAACAACAACGGGAGAAUUAUCAAAAUAUGCAAACCCAAGAUAAUACAGAAAAAGCACAGUUAGAUGCAAAAGAAGUUGAUAAGGCCAUUUGAAUAAGACAAGAAUAAAAGAAAAGGGAUCAUGAAAUAAUGGUUGUCAUUAUUAAAAUUAACAAAAUUAAUACAUAAAUACUGAUUUUUAUUAAUGACCGAAAAAACAAUCGGUUAGGUAAUUUAAAUAAUUGUGAUAUAAUGGUACUAUAUAGUUUAGACUUCCUCAAAACAUUUAUUAUUAUUAUUUAGAGUUUAGACUAUUCAUGCUACUUGUGAUAAUAUAUUAUAGGUAUUAUAUGAUAUCUUAUUGAAUGUAAGGUUAUUACUUUGUUCUAUUGGUAAAUUAAUAAUUGUUAAUUGACUAAUAUUUGAAUUGUUCUGAUUUAUUCAUUACUUUUUUUUUUUUUAACAUGUUUUAGUACAAUACUUAGUGCUAUUUUUGUUAUUGAGUAUGGUUGUCUGUUUGUAUUCAAAGUUAUUUAUGUAAAAUUAUUUGUUAUCUAUUUGAUAUUUAUGUAUGAUAAUUUCCCUAAUUUACUUAUGAAAAAUGUUCCAUAUUUUUCUUGUGAUAAGCAUGAUUAUAAAAUACUACAUUUUUAUCUUUUUGUGUUCAUUUGUUGAUACAUUUACAAUUAUUGUAUAAUUAAACUGUGUUACUAAUUUACUAUAGGUAAAUAAAACUUAUAUCUGUUAGAAUGUUAAAUUACUAAGACAAUUUUCAGUUUAUUUUCUUUUGCUUUUAAUAAGUUGAAACUUUAAGAAAUGUAUUUAAUAUGUUCUGUAUUUAAAUUUGACAUUAGGUAGAUUAUUUUAUUUUUUUCAAAUGUCAUAUUCUAUUAUUUAACUACCAUUAAUAAGUCAAGUCAUUAGUGUUAAAUAAGUACAGUAUAUUGUAUGUUAAUAUUAUAUUAUUGUAUGGGUUUGUAGUUAAUAUGGAUUAUUGUGUCUCUACUAAUAUGUACAUAACGUAGAGCUUAUGCAAGUAUAUGAUAUAAUUGUUAAAAAAACAAUAAAGAUAACCUACAAUGUUAGGUAGCAUUGUAUUAA